UCUAACUGAAAUUAUAUGAAUGCUAAUUUUAACCGUCGGUUAAUCUAACCGGACUUGGUGAAAUUGGCCCUUUGUCCCAGAAGAGGAAAUCCAUAAAGGAAGGAAGAAGACGGGUGCUUGAUGGGUUGCAUGAAAAACGCUAGCGUGGUUGGACUCUUUGUAAAAAAAGAAGAAUCGGAAAAACUUGGCAAGUAAUACCAAGCCAUUCCAGAUGGUUUUAGAAUUGAUAGUCGGGCAAUGUUAAUUGCAUCAAACAUUUUUAUUAAUAUAAUGAGCACAUGGAAGUUGAUACAGCGACGAUGUUACGAUUUACUCUCGUAUAAAUAUUCGUUGCUCGUGAUACUGGUGGCAUUUACUUGCAUAUUCAUCGGCAUAGUACAUUUCGGCGAGGUAUGGUUAACAUGGAGCAAGGAAAAAUACGAGGCAGUGUUUCAUUCUUUCAACGACAAUAUCUUAGGAAAAUCUUUCCAAAAGAAAUUGUGCCAACAUGUCCCUAUAGAUGUGGUUUAUACAUGGGUAAAUGGCUCCGAUCCGGUGUUCUUAGAAAAUCUUCAGAAGCACGUCCCCAUUGUGGAUCUUAGCGCUGCAGCAUCGAGAUUCAGUGAUAAAGAUGAAUUACGCUAUUCGUUGCGAUCAUUGGAAAUGUAUGCACCCUGGGUGAGGCAUGUUUACAUCGUUACCAAUGGUCAAAUACCAAGUUGGCUUGAUAUGGAUAAUCCUCGGAUGACCCUAGUCAGUCAUGAAGAUAUUUUUUUAAAUAAAAGUGAUUUACCAACUUUUUCUAGUCCUGCUAUUGAAAGUCAUAUUCAUAGGUGCUUGGAAAUAUGUAUGAAUCCACAUUAUUACAUAAUGAAAUAUGCACAAUAUGCAACAACAUUUUUGCGUUCUUUCAGAAUACCUGGAAUCUCUGAUAAAUUUUUAUAUUUUAACGAUGACGUAAUGUUAGGUACUGAGGUAUGGCCGGAAGAUUUUAUAACUCAAGCAGGUGGACAUAAAGUAUAUCUAGCAUGGUGGGUUCCGGAUUGCUCUGAAGUAUGUCCUUGGGCAUGGGUUGGCGAUGGAUCUUGUGAUCAUGCUUGUAAUACUACAUUAUGCGAAUUUGAUGGUGGAGAUUGUCAAACAAGCACUGUCCCUAUUGACAGUGAGACUGUGAAAGAAAAAGGCGAUUAUUUAUAUAAAUAUUUGGAAGAUUCUCGUGAAAACAAUAAUAAUGGGUUAAAUAAUAUUUUGCAUAAUAAAAAUGUCGUUGAUUUGUCAUGGAAUGAUAUACCAGUGUCCACAGUUCAAACAUUGCCUUUGUAUAAUCUUAAUACUUUUAAGCCCAUUUACACACUUGACAAUCUCAAAAAUAAUAGUAAUGUGGAAUUGAAUAUGCAAAGUAAUGCAUACGUAAAAUUUGACAAUAGAGAAAACUAUCAAUCUGCAAAAGAUGUCCUUCAGCCUAUAUAUUCUAAAUUUUUACAAAAAAAUCCUAUAAGCAAAACUGCUAAUCAUAUUGAACAAUUAAGACGCUACCGUAAUGACAUAAAUCUUGCACCAUCUAACAGUUCUAUUAAGUUUGGUAAAUUCUCAUAUUCCAAUCAAUGGAAACACAAUACACGAGGACUUGAUACUUACGCGGAAUCUUUACUGUAUGUUAACAAGAUAUAUAAUAUCGCCUAUGGUCUCGAACGAAGAAGAGUACCAGCGCAUAUGCCACAUUUAAUAGAUAAAUGGAUUGUAAAUGACAUGCAAGAGAAAUUCAAGUUUGAAUUUAAGAAAACGUCUAAUCAUAAAUUGAGAGAUUCCGAAGACAUGCAAUUCGCAUUUUCUUAUUUCUAUUUUUUGUCCAGUGAAAAACGGAAAGUACCCAUCGAGGAGAUAUUUGAUAUGUUUGAUACUGACAAAUCACGAACUUGGUCAGAUAGAGAAAUAAGAACGCUUUUAUCAAGAUUAUACCCAUUACCACUAGAUUACAAUCUAGUCAUGGAAUUUGAAAACGCGAUAACGAAUUGCUCUCAUGAUAUAAUUUUAUCACAAAUUAUUGAUGUCCCGCCUGGAGAAAGAUAUCUAGAUUCUACCCUCCCGGUGGUUUCUAAAGAAUUAAUAUUAAAUUGUGAAUCGGUGUCUAAAAAAAUGCAAUCGAAAUUCGGCGAAAGUAGCCGGUAUCCGCAUGAAAUAAUCAAAGCCGGAAAAAAUGAAAUUUUUGAGAUGUUGAUCAGCAAUGUUUCUUUAACGGUACAAUUGCUCGAUGAAAUUCGAAGAGAACCCAAAAAGUUUAUUUGCUUGAAUGAUGAUAUGGACGCCAUUCGGCGUUCUGAGAACGAAAUCAUUCGUGCCUUAUUGAAUGAUUUCUAUCGUUCGUUAUAUCCGUUGCGAAGUAGUUUUGAAUUGCCGGCGCAGUAUCGAAAUCGUUUCUCUCAUAGGCAUGAGCUUCUCGAGUGGCGGGCGAAUCGUGCAAAAGCUAGAAAUUUAUUAUUAUGCCUUGUGAUGUUGCUUCUUACCCUUAUAUUUUAUCACAUAUUUUACCAUCAUAUACGUAGAUUAUGCAGAACUCGAGAGUUAUCUACAUUUCUUGUGUAAAAAAUUAAUAAUAAAUCUAAACUAUAUGCGAAUGUAAAGUUUUAUAAUGGAAUUGAUAAUUGUAUAUAUAUUAUAUAAUUAAAAGAUUAAUAUUUGUGGGAAGAUUAGUACAUGGUAAGAACUUCCAAUUUGAUAUUUUUUAAAACUAAAUAACUAUAUUUCUCUGUGAUAUAGAAUAAACAUUUUUUAUAUAAUUACAUUUUAGAAUAAAAACCAAAACUGAAUAUGUAAACAAAAAACGUAAAUAAUAAAUGUAUCUGAAGAUUGAAAACCU